AUGAAGGUUCCCGUAGGGUUUCUGGCUACGUUAUGGAGCUUUCUCUCCUUCCUGCCCUUCUUCUUCUUGCUGCUUGCCCUUGGCCUUGUCAAAGCUGCGAUAAUUGGUCCAAUCGUUGUGGGAAUUACUGUGAUUGGUAAUUCAGCUGUGAUAAUUGGCCUUUGGAUUGCUCAUUUCUUGUGCACUUACUAUUGUGUGGCAAGAACCAAGAGGCUUGGGCUGGUUCUGAAGAUUGUGGUGCUUCUAUUGUUGCCUGUGCCCUCGAUUCUUUGGCCAGUCAUUGGAAUUAUUGGAAGCCUCUUGGGCGGCAUUGGAUACGGGUUUUUUGCUCCUCUUCUUGCAACUUUUGAGGCUGUUGGCGAGAAUGUUAAGGACAAAUUCUACCACUGUUUUGCUGAUGGUUGCUUGUCCACUAUCAAAGGUAGCUGCACAGUGGUGUCUGAUUUUACAGAUUUUUGCUUCCAUUCUUACUUCUCUUACAUGGAUGAACUAUGUCAGAAGGUCCCUCCAGAAGAGAAGCCGAUGGAUGUGAAGUUACCAAAAUUGCCAAGUUGCUUGUUGGUGAUCCUGAUCGCCGUGCCAGUUGAUGUACUUCUGAUUACAGCCGUUGCUCUGUGGAAAAGCCCAUACAUGCUGUUCCAAGGAUGGAAAAGGCUAUUGGAAGAUUUGAUUGGUAGAGAAGGGCCAUUCUUGGAGACAGUAUGUGUUCCAUUUGCUGGUCUAGCCAUCAUCUUGUGGCCUUUAGCAGUUAUAGGAGCUGUAAUAGGUGCCAUCAUAUCCAGCUUCUUCCUGGCACUUUACAGUGGAGUGAUUGUCCAUCAGGAAGACUCACUUCUGUUGGGGCUUGGCUACAUUUUGGCUGUGGUUUCAUUAUUUGAUGAGUAUGUGAAUGAUUUUCUCUACUUGAGAGAAGGAUCAUGCCUGCCAAGGCCUAGAUAUCGUAAAAAUGCAAAUCCUAAACAAGGAGAGAACAAUAGCUUGAAGACUAGAAGAGAAAACUCACUCGAUAUGAAACUCAUCUCACAAAAGUCAACACUGAAGUGGGAAAUCCAUCAAUAUAAAGCAAUGCAGGUAUGGGAUUGGUUAUUCAAAGCUUGUGAGGUAAAUGGUAGAAUACUCCUUCGUGACGGCCUGAUAAAUAUCAAAGAAAUUGAAGAAUGCCUUGUGAAGGGUAAUUGUAAGAAGUUAAGCAUCAAACUACCUACUUGGUCCAUACUACAGUGCCUGCUUGCAUCUGCAAAGUCUGACUCAUCUGGGUUGGUGAUCUCUGAUGACAUAGAGUUGACAAGAAAUAAUGGACCAAGGGAAAAGGUGUUUGAGUGGUUGAUUGAACCUUUAUUGAUUAUGAAAGAGCAAAUAAAGAAGCUACAAUUAGAUGAAAAUGAAGAAAUCUGUCUGAAAAGGGUGGUUAUUGAGUGCGAAAAUGAAAGGCCUGAGGAGUGGGAUGAAACUGGAUUUCCAUCCAAUGACACUGUCAGAAGGGCACAGUUGCAAGCCAUAAUUAGAAGGUUGCAGGGGAUCGUAGCUUCCAUGUCCCGAAUUCCUACCUUCCGGCGUCACUUUAGGAAUUUGUUGAAGAUUUUGUACAUAGAGGCGAUUCAGGCUGGUGCUUCAGCCAAUCAUAUUGGAGGAACGUUAAAAUCCAAAUACAUUGGCAAGAGCUUGAUCGAGUCUGGGAGUAGAGAAGGUGGAAAUGAAACUGAUAAGGUAGUUAACGUGGCUUAUGAUUAUGGGAAUAUAGUAUGA